GAGUGACAGGGCUAGCGCGCGCAGUUCGGAUGGCGGAGGAGGGGAGGAUGUGGAGGGACCGGCACGGGGCGGCCAGUGAGCUCUUCUCCUUCCUCAGCGGUAUCUGUAAGGAAGUGAAGAAAGAGAGGCAGCAGGACCCUUUUAUCUACAAGGAUGACCUGCAGGUUCACUUGGUUAAUCCAGGCCAAUGCAAGUCACUGGAAGGUUUCUGGGGUGGAGGUGAAAUGGCUUUCGUUAUGGAGGGAAAGCCUUUUAAAGUAGAUGAAGAAAAUUUGGACAAAUCCCAGGACAGUUACAGCCAUUCAUUCAAUGUCCCUGUGGAGGAGUCCUGCCUACCAUUGCCGCUGUCCUCCGUGAAAGCCAGGCAGCUACUUUCCAGCUAUACUUUGACACACAACCCCAACAUGGCUGAUCUGCGGAAUGGGAAAGCAGUGGACGUCUUGCCUCAAUUGUGGGUGCGAUGUGACGGCUCCGACCCAGAAGGAACCUGUUGGCUUGGCGCUGAGCCUAUUAAAACCAGCAGAAAUGAGAUCACAGGAAUGGCCUUCCAUAAAGUGACCUAUUUAGUCCCGACCACAGACAGAACCUCAUUCCCAAGCUUAGAAGCCCUGAAGAGAUCACACAAAGAGAGACAUCACUCAUCCGCUAUGCAGACAAGAGGAUUUGCUCAGUAUGACUUAUUUAGCACAGUGGAAAGCUCUAUUAUUGAAUCGCAAACUAACGUCACAGUCGAUUUUGUUUGGAACGGAGUGGACAAGAUCUUGCACAUCCCACCUCUGACCUCUGCGGCCACAAUGAAUAUCAUGGUGGAAUCCGGAGAUCCCAGAAGUCCUGUCUACUCCGUGUAUAAGGAGCUUGAGUUUUUGCUGGUUUUGUCUGAAGGAUUGAGAACCGGAGUAACAGAAUGGCCAGAGACCUCCGAAUCGAAGACCGCUGUGGAGAUGGUGCAGGAACUUUUGAAUGAACUAAAGAAUAAACUGGAUGGCGUUCAUAACCCCGCACCUAGGAAAGAAGCCGAGAAACUCAAGAGUGAUGUGGCAGAGGUAGAGAGUUCCAUCCAUUGUUUUCUCUCAGAACGCGGAGAUCUGGACUUUGCGGAGAUGUUGUGGAGCAAGAUGAGGAAUAGUGUUUCCUGUUACCAAGAUGUUGUAACCUGCUUUUCUCUGGUCAUCCAGGCUAUGAGACAUGGCGAAGUGCACCCCUGGAUCCAUCGUGGGAGCAGCAGUACUCUGAGUCAACUAAUCCAACAAUCGUACCAUGGAGAGAUGAAAAGUAUCCCUCUUUCAGGCCUUACUCCUAUCCGCAUGCUGCUUGAGAUUGGUCUAGACAAGAUGAAAAAAGAUUACUUGAACUCCUUUAUAGGUCGAGAACUUGCAACUUUCAAUUACUUGGAUUACUUUGUCAGCACAUCAGUGGAUCUGCAGGAGCAGGUGCAUCGCGUCAAGAAGCUGCAUCAUAUGCUUGAAGUGGUAGCACAUUGCAAUGCUUUCCUCAGCCUGGAGCACGAGAACCUCUUUCCUCUCACACAAAUCUGUCUCAAGCAUUACAAAGAGAACCCCUGGAAUGAGCAGCACGUGUUUAAGCUUCCAAUCAGACCGACUGUCAUCGGCAGUUUUUACCAAAAUUCACACCCUCAGACAUGGAGACUGGAGAUCAUCAGUGGACACGGGCAAAAAGAAGUAAAAACCACAUGGCAGCUCAGUGCCAGACCACCCGUAGACCAUCUGCCGUGUGACGUUUCAGGUGUUCAGCCUGACAUGACAUUCAGCGUGGACAAUGAGGACAUCGCUUACUAUCAAGCCCAGAUCAGCUGCAGUCACGUGUGCUUCUGCUGAGUAUUCACACAGGUGAAUGUUCUCCUACAUUGUAACCAUAUUUCUUAUAAAUGAUUUUCUAUUAAACUGCA